GGCCUGUGUUUGAACUUCAAUCAGGUAGCCCCAAAACUCUUUGGCGUGUGCGAUCGCAAGCUGCGACUGGGCGUUCGAGCUUCUAAUUUCGGAUCACGCUCGACAAAUUGAAGAGCAUGCCCCGAGGCUCGAGCAGACCGAUACACAGCACGAUCAUGGAUACAAGCAUAGCCAAAGAAUCCAUUGCGGGUAUCUCGCAGUUACCCUGCCCUCGCAUUCGCCUUUCCAGGCUACAACAUAUAAUGCCUGUCUGAAGAUGGACGUUUGGGUCGACCCACGUCCCCCAUUAACCCUCGCCACACGCGCAAUCCACUUUCGCGAUCGCAAAGACCACCACCUACACGAUGCUCUACCGACUCCCCGCUGUCCUGUCCGUUCUCAGCCUCUGGGUAGCCUCGACCUCUGCUCAUCCGGGCGAGGUUCACCCACCCAUGACCGAGCUCGAGGUCGCACAACACAACAAGCGUGUGUUGCAGUCCCGCAACUGUCACGCCAUGAUCAGGCGAGACCUUGCCUACAAGCGCAACGUUGCGCAGACCCACCCCAGCUUGGCGGGCAGAGCGUCGGCCUGUGUUACCGAACCCGAGUCCGUCGAGGGACCUUACUAUAUCCGCGACGAGUUGGUCCGUAACGACCUCCGCGAGCAGCAGGUCGGGGUCGACCUCGAGCUCAACUUGCAGGUCAUUGAUUUGGCCACGUGCGAACCCUUGGCGGGCGCCUUUGUAGAGCUCUGGCACGCCAAUAAUCUCGGCUACUACUCUGGUUUCAUCGAGGCCAGCAGCGUGGAUGCCAGCUCUUCCAGCAACUCGACUUCUAGUGGCAACUCGACCAGCAUCGACCAGUCGUCUUUCGGCAACUCGACCGACAUAAGCGCCAUGCCAUCAGGAAGCAUUACCAUGUCGGGCGCUCCCACCGCACCCAGUGGUAGUUCCAGCGUCGGCAACGGGACCGACGGUUUGGGCAUCAAUGGGACCGACUCGAGCAGCACUGGAGGCGGCGAUAGUGGUAGCGGCGGAGGUGGCUUGAUGACUGACGACAACUCGUUCUUGCGAGGCGGAAACGUUACCGAUAGUAACGGUAACAUUACCCUCUGGACCAAGAUACCCAGUUACUACACCGGCCGAGCCGCCCACAUUCACUUGCACGUAUUUGAGAACGCCACCGCCAACGAGAACGGUACCUUGUCUUCGAUGUCGGGAAGCCUCCUCCACACUGGACAGUUGUUCUUUGAGCAAGACCUUGUCAACGCGACCAUGGCUUUGGACGCCUAUCAGAACAGCCAGCAGUACACUGCGAACGUCGAUGACUCGAUCUUCAGCGCCUUGAUCGACGCCGAUUACAACCCUUACAUCUGGACCGAGUACAUCGGAUCGACCCUCGAGGACGGUGUCCGAGGUUAUAUGGCCAUCGUUGUCUACACCACCGCCAGUCAAACCAUCAGCGACCCCUACUGGGCAACGACCUUCCUGUCCGCCGCGACCGCUUCCGCCGACUCUACCUCGGUUACCGCUUCCGCCAACUCUACUUCGGUUACCGCUUCUGAUCACUCUACCUCGAGCGUCGCCUACUCGGCCGCCUCGUCGACCGUCAGAUCGAGCGGAUCCGUCACUACCAGUAGUCUCGUCGACGCCACCGAGAGCGCUGUCUCGCUUUUAUCCAACGAGGGCGUACCCAGCACCACGUUAUGGGGAGCCGCGCUUUCUCUCCUCGCCUUGCCCCUGAUGCUGAUCUAAUGUGGCUAAAUUCCGAGCGUUCGCCCAGCCUCCGGGAAGACGUGCGCUUCCCCCGAAGAUGCCCUGUAACCUGCUCGAACUCUGGCAGGAACGCUUGUAUUGUUAUGCCAUGCUACUAUACCC